AUGGCGCCAACGCUCAAACUCACCUACUUCGACGCGCGCGGAAGGGCGGAGGCCACCCGCCUGGCGCUGUGCAUCGGGGGGAUCGAGUUUGAGGACAAGCGGGUCACCGGGGAUGAGUUUGCGGCGCUGAAACCCACUCUGCCCUUCGGCCAGGUCCCUGUCCUGGAGGUGGACGGAGAGAUGCAUGCUCAGACGGGCGCCUUCCUGCACUACACAGGCAAGCUGGCAGGCCUCUACCCAAAAGACCCUCUGGAGGCUCUGCGGGUGGAUGAGAUUGUUCUCGCCUUGGAAGACAUGACUGCGGCCAUCAUUCCAGUGUUCUAUGAAAAGGACGAGGCCAAGAAGGCUGAAAUGAUCAAGGAGUGUGUGGAUGUAACGAUGCCGAAGUGGCUGUCGAGCAUAGAGAAGCGGAUAGUGGGCAGAGGUUGUGAGUGGGCGGCUGGCGACACGAUGAGCAUCGCCGAUCUGUGCAUUUACAGCUACUGGGUGAAUAUUGCCCAGGGUGCGCUGGCCAUUGUGCCCACGAACUAUCUGGAACCCUACACAAAGCUCAGCGAAAUCGGCCAAAAGGUGGCAGACCACCCCAAGGUCAAAGAGUGGAAUGAGAAGCACUAG